GGAUUUCUCAAUUUUCUUGCUCGAAUAUAUUGGCCUGAAACUUUAAUAAUCCCUGUGCAUUAGGAUGUGUGCAUCCAUUUUGAUCUGUUUAGUUUGGCUACCUGAUAACUUUUUGUCAGGCAAUGCGGACAAUCACCGCUGCAAGUGUCUUUAAUGGCGUAAGCUGCGUUCCGAGUGUGCUUGAAUCACUGUGCUGCUAUUUGUCCAUGCAACAGACCAAUCAGAAGCCGCGUGUGGUGUGAUCAUCGGGCGGAGUGUGGACAUCAGAGAAAUCCCAUCCUCAUUGCCUGACAAAGACUAGCAGCUAGCAGUUGAAAUGAUCGAGAACGUUCGUCUGUUGGAUCGUUUCAAUUCCCGCAAGCCAUCCUCAGGCACACUGUAUCUGACUGCUACACAUCUGAUAUUUGUGGAUCCCGCUGGCAAGAAAGAAACAUGGAUCCUUCAUAUGCAUAUUGGGUUUGUAGAGAAGCUCCCUUUGACAACGGCAGGAGCCCCUCUUCAGAUCAGAUGUAAGACUUUCCAGGCAGCAACCUUUGUUAUACCCAGAGAGAAAGAUUGCCAAGAGCUAUACAAGUCACUACAGAAGCUCUCAAAUCCAGCUGAGCUUGAAGACUUGUAUGCAUUCCACUACAAGUCAGCUACUGUUGUACCUUCUAUGGUAACAGGUUGGGAUCAGUUUGAUCUACAGGCAGAGUAUGCACGCAUGGGUAUUCCAAAUGAACAUUGGUGUAGCACAGCCAUUAACAAGAAUUAUGAGAUUUGUGACACGUAUUCAAGAACUCUGUAUGUCCCUACAUAUGCGAGUACACCAGUCUUAGUUGGGAGUUCUAGAUUCAGGAGUAGAGGCAGGUUACCAGUCUUAUCAUACCUACAUCGAGAAAACAAUGCUGCCAUGUGUCGAUGUAGUCAGCCAUUGGCAGGGUUUAGUGCUCGUUGUGUGGAAGAUGAAGAGAUGUUACAAGCUAUCCUAAAGACAAAUCCAAAGUCAGAUGUCAUGUAUAUUGUUGAUACUAGGCCAAAGAUUAAUGCGAUGGUGAACAAAGCCUCAGGGAAAGGGUAUGAGUCAACAGAGGUGUAUACCAACAUCAAAUUCAAAUUUCUAGGAAUAGAAAAUAUACAUGUGAUGAGGAGCAGUUUGCAGAAGCUUAUUGACGUGUGUGAGUUAAAGAAUCCUUCUAUGGAAGCAUUCUUGAGCGGUUUAGAAUCUAGCCAAUGGAUGAAGCACAUCAAGGCUAUACUAGAUACAUCAUUAUUCAUUGCCAAGGCUAUUGCUGAUGAAGGAUUGUCAGUCUUGGUUCAUUGUUCAGAUGGUUGGGAUAGGACAGCUCAGACAUGCUCUUUAUCAAGUAUCUUACUGGAUCCAUACUAUAGAACUGUACAAGGAUUUCAGGUGUUGAUUGAGAAGGAGUGGUUGGCGUUUGGCCACAAGUUCCUGCAUCGAUGUGGUCUGCUAGCGUGUGACCCUAGAGAGGUGUCGCCAGUCUUCACCCAGUUCAUUGACUGUACCUGGCAGCUAUGUCAACAGUUCCCCUGUGCGUUUCAGUUCAAUGAGAGGUUCCUUCUGGAGCUCCAUGACCAUGUCUUCUCCAGCCAGUUUGGCAACUUCCUUGGUAACUGUGAGAAGGAGAGGCAGGAUAAAAAGUUAUCCCAGAAGACAUUUUCUCUAUGGCGUUAUAUGCAGGCUCGUAUGUCUGAUUACAUCAACCCCCUCUACAAAGCUAAUCAUCCAAGUACAGGUGGUAUCCUCACACCGGACUUUAGCCCUCAGAUGCUCAAGUUUUGGCGUGGGAUGUACAACCGAUAUGAGAAUGGAGUACAUCCAAGGGAAUCGGUCUCUGAUGUAUUGAGUGCAAUGAAAGAUCACAGUACUUCACUAGCAGACCAUGUACAGUUCUUGGAGAAUCAAAUAGCAUCAUUGAAGAAGAUGCUGGCAUCUGAAAGUGUAAGCAGGGAAGAGAAACCUGAUACUAAUCAUAUCUUAGAGAAUGGUAGCAGCCAGAAUUCCAUCUCACUAGACAAAGAUGAUAUGAUAUCAACCAAAGAUGACCUAUCUAUUGAAAAAUAUGACUCAAGUGCAAUCAACAGAGAUGACUCACCCAACAACGAUGUGUCCUCCUUGAAGACCAGUCCAUCCCUGAGACGGGAUGAUAGUAGUGAAGUCCUCUCAGCAUCCCUUAUGAACAAUGCUGUAGAGAGUGUAGCUACUGAAUGGCAGAGCUUCAGGCAUAUAAGACAGUGCUCCUGUUCAUCUCCAUUUGACUACUUCAGCAGAAAGUACCAUUGUUGGAAGUGUGGGGAAGUCUUCUGUAUCCGAUGUAUAGAUAAGCAAACUCUGUUACCGGGUCAUGAAUCCCAGCGUCCUGUCCCAGUCUGUCGGCCCUGCUACAGGGAACUCAAAGCGGGUUGUUCCGAGCCUAGCACGCCCUCACGCUCACCGUCCGUGGGUCUGUCCCCAACGCACAUCUUAGCCAGUGGUCCAUUAUCACCGACAUCACCCAUCACAAACUCAUUAGGGACCAUGCAGAUUCAAGAAUAAUGAGAGACUGAUGACCCAGUUACAUUGCUAGAAUGGAUAUCAGUCUGAAAACUUCUGAACCAAGUGUCACAUCACCCUCAAUUUCAAGGUUUCCUUGGUAAUUGUUUGGUACACAUUCUGUUUUUUGUGAUGUAUAUGUAACUGGGUCACACGCACUUCAAGGAUAGGACGAUGUCUGCUGUUGCUUAGCCAGUGUUGUCUAUAGAAUAUAACGAAGAGUAAAUUAAAUAUAUUUUUUUUCUCUGUUUUUCAUUCUUGCAUUUUAAUCUCCUCAACAGUCUGGUGUCAUUAUUUUUCAUUCAUUUUCUAUUACCUCUACUUAAAGUUUGCUUCUUGAUGUGUGGCUCAGUGUUUUCACUCUUAUUACAUCUGAGUGAUAUAUAGAGAAUUCAUUUUCCAUCCAACAUGAUGCCUAGAUCUAAUUUUAUAUUUCUGGGACAUCUUUAUUUCAAUGGAUAUGUACAGGAAUUCGGUAUUGCCAGAGUUUUUUUUCAAAUGUUUAUUUUUAAAUAAUAAUUAUGUAGAGAUGUUUUGCCCACUGAAUAUGUGAUAGUACCUGACUUUGUCAAAUUUGUGGCUGUGCCACAGCAUAGAUAUCCAUUGGGCACAACAUGAAUCUAUGUUUUGCCACUCUCUACCCAGGUGUGGAUGAGUGCUGCCAGGAAGGGGUUCCUGGGGUAAAGUGUUUUACAAAGAGGUUGGUAUGAUUCAAAGUCAUGUUUACACCCCAGUGCACAUGUUUGUAAUGCAUAUUCUGAUUGAUGACUCUCUAGCAGUGCAUAUAGGCCUGUAUAGAGUGUGCUCUGUCCAGUUCGAUAUCAUUCCAUACCACGCACCACUAGGAAUUCAAGUGUGACAUAAAUGGCCCGUUUCAGAAAGAAUUAGAACUGUAGUUACCUUGCCAAUGUUGUAACUACCUACCAUGGAAAGCUUGAUUGUGAUUGGCUGCUGAGCCCUGUUACCAUGGUAGUUGUGUAAAUGGCAAAGUUGAAAUAGUUGUAAUUCUUUGCAAAACAGACCCAAGGUCCCACUUACCUCAUUGUGAAACACCGCUCCUCCUAGAGUGCCAAAAUCAGGUGCGUAGCUGUGCUAAGCAGCAUGGUAGCAAUCUUUCCUACCGUCAUUGGUAGAUGUGUAUGCGUCACAAACAUCAAAUUUCUUUAUUUUUAUUGAAUUCAGAGGUAUGAAUUUGAUUUUUGGUGCUCAACCCUGUAGUAAGUAGUCAACCAAGCAACUCUUCAUCAUUCUAACAUCUGCCAAAACAAUGAAUUCGUCACAGGCAAAGCAGUCAAUGUUUGCAAGUGUUCUAGCUUAUAUCAAUGUAUUGAUUGGAAGGGGAAAGCAAUAGGGUAACCUACAGCUUGCAUAGCUUGUCAAACUCAGUGUCUCAUGACUAUUACAAAUAUUUCAAUGUAGAUGAUGAUGUUAUAGGACUUGGUGAAGCAACUUUAAGAUUGCCUUGAGGCACCUGAAAUAAUAAUGAAGGUGAUAGUACCAAUGAUAGUCCUCAUUUACCAUUAAAAGUCGUCAUGAUGUGGUCUUCAAGUGAGCCCUGCGUAAUACAACAUGUUAUUACUCUCCUCGGAUUGAAUACGCCAAGCACACAGUGAUCAGGCAGAAAGUCCCAUUUUCAGGUCAUUGGUAUGAUAUCAUUGACCUGGCAGGGCUAGGGAUUGAAUCUAUAAUCUUUCUAAGGUCAAGUAAUAGGCAUUUUAUUACUUACCCAACCAUGAAAUACAGUAGUAUAGAAUUUCUGUUGAACAAUUCUCAUUGUAAUUCAAGAGUAAUCUGACAGUUUUUAUAUUUCCUCUAAAAAUAUACAUCCCGGAAGUUUAUUUAGCCUCGUCCCCCCUAACCAAUAUCCGCAAUUUUCUAUUACCUGUUCAAUUACCAGACACAACAUACGAAAACAGUAAGAGAAUCAUGAAUUGGUUUAAUAAUUCUCUGCAACAAUUUCAAUACUUCAAGACAAUAUUAUGUUUCAUCUCCUGAUCAGUGUGAGAACAUAAUUUGAAAUGCUGGCGUGCCUGAAGACCAAUGUGUUGGCAAAAAUGAGAAAUUUUAAUUCCUAUUUUUUUUCUGAAAUGAAUGCACUAUUUUCAGUGUGCCUCAAUGUUUGUAUAGAAAUACGAUUGUAAUUGUAAAAUUAAAUACAAUCAUCCUUUUCUUGCAUUGAAGAGAAUAUUUUUGGUUCUUGGCCUUAUUUCAUGAGGCUUUUCAUCAAUCACAAAUUAUUAGCUGCUGUUGUAAGCUACUGAAAUCCUGCUGUUUGAUAGGUUUAAAGCAGAUUUAUCAUAAUUAUAGAAGUUUUCAUGAGACUGGGUGCUGAUUUGGGAGUUACAGGUUGGAACAACAUUUAAUAUAGAUUGGGUCAAUUCUAAGGAUAUUUUUAUAUGAAUCUGAAUUAAAAGCGCUUGCCAAGUCUUGUAUAAAAAUUGUGUAGUGUGAAUGUAUGAUAUAUAUGUGACUAUUGAUAUGAAUGAACAUUCCCUUUUUACAAAUGAGUAAGUAUGUAGUCUGUAUUAACUUUGAUUCCUUGCAUAAUUGCUUAGUAAUAAUUCUUAUUUUGGUCUAUGUGUGAUGAAAUGUAAUAGAAAUGUUAUAUUGUUCAUGAAGUCACUUUUUAAUCUAUCACUAUCACUUCCAUCAUGCACAUAGUAGAAGGGUGUAGGCCCAUAGACAAACAACAUGAAAAUGAUUUAUAUCCACCAAUUUCAUUUCGGGUUCAGUGAAAGGUGUUUUAGGGCUUAAUACAGUAAUGAAUAUAGCUAUGAUAAAGUGUGCUAUAGGAUAGAUAAAAUGCCACACAGGUUCAGAGCAUGAUCCUACACGGAUGCAGGUUUUCAGAUUAAAAAUCCCAAGCUAAGCAGUCAGUCAUGCUGAAACAUCAUAUAAAGGGUUUUGAAACCAGUUUGAUUGUUUCUUUCUUCUCUCAGAAAGAAGCAAUGUAUCCUUUGUGCCAUCAGAACAAAUUCCUAUUCCUCUUCAUAAUGAUACUUUACUUUUUUUAUUGAAAAUAACAGUAUGGUCGAAAAUUAUUGGAAAACCCCCAGAGUGAGUGAAAAACAACAACAGCGCACGUCACGGUACAUGUGCAUAUUGCAUGAAUGAUCAUGCAUACAUGCUACUAGUACGGGUGACCAAGCGUUCCAUCACCGUAGUAACGUGGUACAUGUGCACGUGAACAUUGCUUUCGCUAUGCAUGGAAAUUUCCAGAACGAAUCGCGCACAAAGGCUGCUGGGAUAGCUGCAUUGCGUAAGUAGUACGUAGUGCUGUACUUUUAUUGUGGGUCAAAUCUGGUAAGGUUUGCAAUCGCGAUUGGUAGGCUGGUUUCACAGAGCUUAAUAUGUGCAGUUCCUAGACUGGAUUUUAUAGACUGUAUUAUCAAUUAGGAUGCUUUUGGAACCAAUUUUUUUUUAUACUUUAAAAUUAAGAUUUCUCAUCAAAUUCACUGUUUAUGGGUUUUUUUUACCCCUUUUUUCAAAACUGUUUUCCACUUUCUACCCCAGGUUUCCGUGAUUUCCGCGGAAAAUCCGCAAAGCGGAAAACUUAGGUCAGGCUUGUCAGCCACCAAAUGAUUUACGGAACUGAGGUUAUUUUUCAAACUUACCAAUAUUGAUCUUUUCAUCAUUCAAAGCAAUCAACCCCCAUGUAAGUCAUGAUCAUUUCAAGUUGUGUAUAGUUUAAAGUAAAUUUAAUCAUUUUCCUGAUGAAAUCCUGCUUUAAUAUUGUAACGAGGCAAACAUUUCGAAGGACCAAGUUUUGAAAAUGAUGCAGUAUUUCUGUUGUGAACAUUACCGGUAGUAGUAUUCCAGUUCCAAGCAUGCAUAAUGAAGCAAAAUUUAACAGAUUUUCCAACUUUUCUGGAGGAGUUCAUUAUUAAGCUGUUGACUCCUUGAUGAAAAAGCUGUAAGACCUCUCAGCAAUAUGGAAGCCAUUCAUUGCUAGCAAGCCUGGUCAGAUAUUUAACUUGGGUGGCUUAUACAAAAGGCUGGCGUAUUUUGAAAGACAUUUCUCACUCAUCACCAGCCAGCUACCUGUGAUAUAGUUCUCAAGAUCAUUUUACUGACAACAUUUUAACUGCAGGUAAUUUUUCCAACUUUCCAAUUGGGACCUUUUCUAUAUUUCAAAGCAAUUUACCCCCAAUUUAUGCCAUCUGCUUUCAGUUUAGACCACUCGGCAUCAAACACCCAAUUUUGAAGUUUGGGUAGACACAGUGCAAUGUAGAUAGAUUUUAUUUAUCAAAUUUAUAGAAGGCAUUUCUAUUGUGAAGACAUUUUUUUUCCCAAUUCAGUGUAUUCAUUAGUGUGGCUUCAUAUUUCUCUUCAUAUUUCUCAUUUCCUUUUCUCUAGGAAAUUAACUUUAUUUAACUGUCAAUUUGAAUUUUAUUUGCCGUACUUGUAAAUGUUUUACAUAUUUUCUCAUCCUUUACACUACGUAUUAUGUCCUAUUAAAAUACAUGAUAUGAAAAGUUUAGAACAGUAAUUUCUUUAGACAAAAGAAAAAUACAUUGAUGACCUAUGUAAAGAGUUUUUGAUGAUUAACUAUGUAGAUUUUGUAAUAAAUAGCAUUCAACACAAAUGAACUUGCAGUGGUCGAUUAGCUCAUGAAGGAAAUGUAACUCUCACUCCUCUUUAGUAUUUCACCAUUUCCCUUCCUUUCUUUACUAUACCAUGAGCAUCUUCUUGUGAUUUAUAUUGAUGCAUUACAAAUGUCCAUAUUGCUUUCUUUGAAAUGCAGAUGCAUACAUUGUAGAAAACAGCGUUGUGUUUAAUUUGUGUGUUUCAUAAUACAUGCAUGCAAAUUGGGCCUCUCUUUUUAUGUCAGUUGUCACCCCUUGUUAUCCUGUGAGAUUCGUAAAUAUCAGUGUAAUGAUAAUAAUAUGUCCAUUUAUAUAGCGCAGUUACUAUGUGCAUAUACUCAACUGUGCUUUAUGAUACUUGGUAUCAUAUUAGUAUCCCGGCCGUAGCUGAGCCGCUGUUCUCGUCGCUAAAGCGUCAAGGAAUAAAUCUUACCGGGUACCCAUUCACCUCACCUGGGUCGAGUGCAUCACAGUGUUGGUGAAUUUCUUGCUGAAGGAAAACAUGCCAUGGCUGGUAUUCGAACCCAUGUCCCUCUGAUUGAAAGACAAUAGUCGUAACCACUAGACCAUGAUGCAUCCACAGUGUACCAAACACUAUGCAUUGAUGACUGUUUCUCUUUCAAUGUGAUCACAAACCUUAUUCAAACACUACAGCUUUCCUUGGAUCUCACUGCUAGUUCUACCGAUUGUUUCUGUAUUUUUUCAGUUCUUACUUGCGGUACAUGCUAUCCAGAAAAAGUUGUCAACUUUCAAUGAAAAGUAGGCCUUAUGAAUAUGAAAGUUGGAGGCACAUGUAUUAUAAGACACACAAGUUAUCCCCCUCUUUUAUUCUUAGAUGGAUUAAUUUACCUGAGUGAUGCACAUGUCACUCUCUACCCCCUUCAUACAAACUUUAGUAUCACUCUACUACUGAGAAAAGUUGUGGUGGGUAUAUCAUGUAUGCAAUCACAACUUUUCCUGUUAAAGAAAAUUAUAGCAUGGUGAUAAUGAUAGCCAUAAUCGUAAUAAUGAUAACAGCAAAGAUUAUGGUUAAUGUCAACACCAACAUUACUAUUUAUUUUUCAAUGAAAAAAAAGUAAAAAUAAUCAGACAGAAAUGAAUAACAUACCAUCUAUAUUACUUCAAAUUACUUGUACGAUGGCAUUUGACAAAUACAUUUAAGUAAAGAUUUUUAAUGAUAACUAUGCCACUAAUCAUCAUGUAAAAAAAUAACUCAUUGCUUGUUUAUUCUUGUCAUUCUCUUGCAAUAUAUUGUUUACUCUUUCUCUGACCUCUCCUUUUCUGGUUAUCUUGACUCAGAUCUUUAAAGUGUUGGCAUUUUCAAUCUCAAACCUAUUACUGUCAAAACUGACAAAAUGUUAUCUGUACCAUUGUCAGCCAAAAUGAUUGAAGAUUUAGAUAGAAACCAUGAAUCAAACAAACUGUAUUUGAUAGUGAUUAUGUCAUGUCUUUUAUGCCAGAACCCACUUUUUCUGGUUUAUUUUAUUUUAGCCUAUUGUGUUAUUUGAAUAUAUAUAUUUUUAAACCCUUUAUCCCCUUUUUUAUAUGUGUGCCAUGCCAAUUUUGAAGAUAUAUCACCUAUCAACAAAGAAAAUGCUAUUGGUGAAAAAAAUUUUGGUUGGCUCUUUUAUAUAAUAUUUGAAUAGUUGUUGUACACUAUUCAGUGUCCAUAAAUUGGGUGAUUUCAAGUUCAGUGUUGACCUAUUGGUGUUGGUGUUAGGUCAAUUUUUACAUGAUUAUAACACUAAACAUAAAAUGAUGAUGGUCCCCAAAAGUCACUCACCAGUCGUUGAGAUGUCACUGAUGCGAUCUGUAUCAGUUUUACAAACUCAGAAUAAGUUUUGGAGCUUGGGGAAGCAAUCCAAAUUUCAACACCAAGGCCAACACUGGACUUGAAAUCACCCAUUGUAUCAUUUAAAGUGAUAAUGAAAUCUACAGCAAGUAAAUGAACAAUUAUCAAACAUGGAAAAAAAAUAUUUCCUUACUAAAUGUUAAUUAUUUAUUCCUUGUAAAUUGAUGGAUAUGAUUUUUAUUUUUCAUGAUUUAGUAAAUGAAAUAUAUGUUAAACUGUAUUUUAAAGAUGUGCUAGAAUGUGCAUAAUGUUGUCAAUAUAAGAACACUGAUGGAAUGUAUUUUCCUUGGAGCACUGUCAUUGUUUUUUAAAAGAAAUUUCUAGCAUCACUUGCAAAGCAGUAUGAGCGCCUUUGUGUAUGUAUGCUUGUACAUAAAAAAUGAAAAAAGAAAGUAUAAAUGUAUAUGUUCAAUGAAAUUCCUUAGUUUAUCAAAUCAAAGAGUUUACAGAAAUUAAAUGGAAUAUGUGAUAAUAUAUAUGUAUAGUAUAGCUUAUAAAUCCAAAAUACCACAAA